AAAGUGAUAGAAAUGAAAAAGUUCUAUGAUGACACAUCAAAAGGAUAAAAAUUGAGAAGAAGAAAGGAAGAUCAUCUUUGGAGAAACGCGAAGAAGUAACACAACAGGAAUUAAAGAUCAAUUUCACGCGAAGAAAAAAAAACACAACACAUCGCAAUUGUUGAACCUGAAUGAACCUGCAGGGGCCAUUAGAGCUAUGGAGGGAAGGUCAGAAAAUCGAUCAUUUUCAUUUGUAAGAGGAUCAGAUCCUCGGGUAGCAACUUGUAGAGGAAAACUACAAAAUCGUCGCUGCAAAUUGAAUCAGGAGAUAAAUAAGGAACUUCGUUUGAGAGCUGGAGCAGAAAAUCUGUACAAGGCAACAAGCAAUCGAAAGCUCAAAGACACCGUUGCACUUGAAUUGAGUUUUGUUAACUCAAACCUUCAACUUCUUAAGGAACAACUAUCAGAGCUCAAUUCAUCCGUGGAAAUAUACCAAAAUGACACCCUCGAUGCCGUAAUUCCCAUGAUACCGUUGGGUUUGAAAGAAACAAAAGAAGUAAAUUUCAUGGAACCCCUAUCGGAUUUUAUUCUUGAACACUACAGUGAGGAUUCUUCAUGCUAUGAGGAUGCCAUUUCCGACAUAACUGAUACAAGACAAGCAGCAAGGACCCCAACGAGAGACUCGACCGGCGUAUCCUUGCUGUUUCGUUACUACAAUUUACUUUACUACGUUGAAAGGCGCUUCUUUCCACCUGAUCGUAGUUUAGGGGUUUACUUUGAGUGGUAUGAUUCAUUAACAGGUGUUCCUUCGUGUCAAAGGACCGUGGCAUUUGAGAAAGCUUGUAUAUUGUUCAACUUAGGCGCUAUCUAUACACAAAUUGGAGCACGUCAGGAUCGAAGUUCAGAAAAGGGUUUAGAUGCAGCUGUUGAUUCUUUCUUGCGAGCCGCAGGAGUGUUUAAGCACAUUUAUGAUACCUUCACAAAUGCCCCUUCGAUGGACUUAAAACCUCAAGUUCUAGAAGUUCUAGUCGCCUUGAUGCUUGCUCAAGCACGAGAGUGUCUAUUUGAAAAGUUACUGCUUCAAAUGGAAAAUAUGUCUCUAAAUAAUGUUUCUCAUCUUCAUCGUGAUUUAUCGGGAGAAGCGGCAAAAUUAACUAUGGAAUACAACGAAAUGCAUGCGAGUAUUCAAUCAACUGAGACACAGACAUACCUUCCAGAAUGCUGGGCUGGUCUAGUACCGCUCAAAGCUGAAUUCUACAAAGCACUAUCGCAUUACCAUACAGCAAAGAGUAUUAGUACAAAACCACUAAAAAAUCCAUCAUCUAGUUCAGUAUCGUCAUCCACAUCGUCCAAAACGCUAUCAAUUACCAAACAAGAGGAUUCUUUUAUCUACGAUGAAGACAGCAUGGAUAGCAAUGUGAACCCGGUGGCAUUAAAAAAAUCCCAUCUUAAGGAGGCUCUUUCUAGUCACGAUGAAGCACAGAGAUUGCAACGUAUGUGCCGAGAGUUGAAAAACAAGAAAGCUCUUACGAAAAUACUUCAUCAAACCUACAGUGAGACACGCGAAGAAAUUGAGAAACUUCAAAUGGAAACUGAGAAGAAGAAGGAAAAAUUCAUCGAUGAAGAUUUCGAUCUUGUCGAUGCACCCCUAAAUGCAUGCUCUAAAUUUACAUUGUCGCUAACAGGUCCUGAUUUUACGUCCUACAAAGUGGAUGAUCCAUUUCGGAAAUUGGGUCCAAUUGCUGUAUUUUCGGCACGACGCCACUGGACGGCACCACGGAGUGUGCGUCUGCAGAAGGGUACAAGUCUCGAAGAUAGAAAAUUAUCAAAUGCCCGAAAGAUUUCCACAACAAAUAUGACCAAUGGGUGCCAGUGUAAGAAGAGCGUAGCCUACAGCAAUGGACAUUGCGAUGUUUGCACAAAAUAUAUUGCAUACACAGCAGAUGAUUUAUCUGAUGAUUUGCAAAAUCAAAAUAUAGAACAAGGCAAUGCUGAGAGUUUCGGAUUUCACAUUCGUGGAGAUGCCCCAGUUAUCAUUUCCUAUGUUGAAGUGAAUUCUUUGGCUGAUUUGGGUGGAGUUAAGGAUGGUGACUUCAUUGUAGAAGUAUCUGGUGUUGAUGUAAAAUGGUAUACGCAUCAGCAAAUGGUCAACCUCAUCCAGAUGGCCGGGUCGAGUCUUGAUUUGAAAGUUAUAACACCAAUGGAUCGGAAUUACUUGAAGCCAAUAUCCGGUUUAGGAAAAGGUUCAGUGUCAACACUUUCCGGUGGGAGUUCUUCGGGCGUUUCAUCAGGUGCACCAAGUCCCAAUGGUACAACAUCAAAACCAAAAUCACGUAGUAAAUCCACAAAAAGUCGCCUAACUAAUCUAAGUUCAAGUGGAUGGAACCUCUUUAGGAGAACACAGAGUAUGGGCAAGAUAAAUUACUAAAAUAUUUUUUAAGAGCCAUUCAAGAGAAUUGAGAAAGUCGAAUAACUUUUAUCUACUUCUUAAAAAAAUUAAAUCAAUUCAUUACAUUAUCUAAAAUUAUUUUGAUUUAAAAAAUUUGGUACUAGAUACCAGAAAAAACUAAAAGAGAAACCUCAUAGAUCUGCUAUUAGGUACAACAGAAUGAACCUUUUUUUUAUAACUUUCAGUAAAUUCCGCAGCAAAAUUUCAAUUAUUUAUAACGAAUCAUUAAUAAAUUGAAAUAGCCAACAUUAUA